CCAAGCUUGCCGGUCAAGAUUCUCCUUCUCUCUGGUCAAAGACAGACGAAGUUUCAUCCACUGGAACUGAAAGUAUAUGAACAGAGGCGAGUAGUUGCACUGCCGCAUCGAGAAAUCAGCAGACCUCAAGAAAAUAGCUCAGCAAUGGACGCCACGGCGACGCCAACAACCCAAGAAGUCACCGGCACGGCGAAGGUAACCGUGGCCGAGGUGACGCUCCGGAAGUUCGAGCUGUCCGACGUGGACGCCAUGAUGGCGUGGGCGUCGGACCCGCAGGUGGCCGCCCCGUGCCGGUGGGACGCCUACGAGUCGACGGAGCCGCUGCUGGCCUUCAUUCGCGACACCGUGCUCCCGCACCCGUGGUUCCGCGCCAUCUGCCUCGAGUCCGGCUCCGGCCGCCCCGUCGGCGCGGUGUCCGUGUCGCCGACGGGGGACCCGUGCCGCGCCGAGCUGGGCUACGUGCUGGCGCGCGCGCACUGGGGCCGGGGCGUCGCCACGGCCGCCGUGAAGCGCGCGGUGGCCACGGUGUUCGCCGAGGUGCAGGGACUGGAGCGCGUGGAGGCGCUCGUCGACGUCGCCAACCCGGCGUCGCAGCGCGUGCUGGAGAAGGCCGGGUUCCGCCGCGAGGGCGUGCUGCGGCGGCACUACUGGCACAAGGGACGCGCCAGGGACAUGGUCAUGUACAGCUUCCUCUCCGACGACACCCUCCCCGAGUGAUCCCCUUCGCCCUUUGGCGGGCGAAUCGUCCUUGCAUGCAUCAUCUCGAUCAGCUCAGCUGCAAAUCUCUUUCGCAAUCCUUGUUACUACAUACGGAAAAAAUAUGUAUCGAUGCAAUCAUGUAAAAGUGGACCGUGCUAUCAUGUGUUUUGGCUAUGUUUGGGACCAAAGA